GCAGACACUGUAAGUGUAGUGCACGCUGUGCUACUAACCUGACUCCUGAUGGAUGGUUGUGUUUCUAAUGAGGACAAACAGCUGUAACUACAAAUGGCUUCUCUCAAUAUUGUGUUUGUCAGGCUUGUUGCUACAAAUUCAUGGAGUUACAAUAUCAGUACCUCACUAUAUUGUCAACGCCACAAUGAAUGAGAAUGCCACUCUUUCAGUGGACAAUAGAUGCAAUAGGACACUUUCUAUUAAGUGGAAGCACCUAUUACCAUGGGGAAUGAAGAACAUUGUUGUCUGGAAACCAGGCAAUUAUCAAAACAUUUCAAAGGGUUAUGAAGACCGGAUUGAGCUGUACAGAAAUGGAUCCAUCCGGCUUUCAAAUGUUCAGUUCAAUGAUGCCGGUUGUUAUGUCGUGACUGUAACAGAUAAAGAAGGAAGCAGCAAGGAUGGUAUUAUUAUAUUGAACAUAAAUGAACCAAUUUAUAAGGACUUGCAUUUUGUGGCUGUCAUUGUUACAGUACUUGUAACAUUAUCUAUUAUUUUAAUGUUCUUGCUAUGGAUCUGCAAUCAAAGUGUGGAACUCUACAAAAUAAAGAGAACACCGAAUGCAAAUGGUUCUACAGAUAUGGAAGUAACAUCACUUUAAAGUCGGUAGAUCGAUUCCAGUUUAUAUGCUGGAUCAAGACUAACAGAAAUAUUUGAGAAUAUCGUCCAUGUUACUUAUUUCCUUAAUUUUAACAAAACAGAUGAGCCAACAAUCAUCCUGCCACGAGAAGUAAAUGGUUUCAGCUGUUGUGUAAAUUUUCUAAAUUGACUUUAUAAAAAAGUGCAAUAUAAGCAUGGCAUUUGCUACUCAAUGAUUCCAUUAUAUGCCAGUAGAAUAGCAAAAACUUGCACUAGAUAAAGAUUAAUUCAUUACAUCAAAGCAAGAAAAUUUGAAUGAGUACAUUCUGUUGACAACUGUUUAAACUUGGAUUGCAGGAUUCUUUAAAAUGUCCAUUUUUGAAUGGCUGGGUGGACAAAACAUCUAAGGAAAAUGGUUCUGAUUAUCAAAACUGUUUACUGAAGGAAAAACAUAGUAUAUAUUUUGAAGUGCAUGACAAUAUUAUGAACAAUCUGUAAAAUCUCUAUUAAAUUUCAGCUCUAUUAAUUAAAAGGUUAUGUUCAUUUUUUCAAAUAGUUUUAAGUUUACACAAAGUGGACUAAGUAUUAACAUUAAUUUUGUCAGUGAUUCAGAUCACUUGUGGAGUAAUAAAAGUCAAUAAUAUUGUUUCUGAAUUCAUUGUCAAUGCAUAACUGCAAUUUGCAGUAUGGCAUCUGAGCUGCAUUAUUGGUUUUAAUGAAAUAAGAUACCACUACUUCGUUCCAUAUUAAAAUAAGCAGACAUCAACUUGCCAUUCAUUCACCUUUUCAACUACUGUGGUGGCCCAUAGUACCUGAAAGUUUAACUGACACAUAUUACCCAAGAAGCUAAUAAAAUUAAGACCAACAGUUCAAGACUAUCAUUGACUUCUUCAACUCCUAGUAUCACCUUGUAGUACCAAAGAGCUUAAUUAAAACAUCUUUUUACAAUUUUUAAUUAAUAUUUUAAAUUUUCUAACUGCAAAUUGCAACAGUAUUCAUAAAUUCACAGAAGAAAUUUAGAUAAAAGCUUUGAUCUUUUUGUCCCCAGAAAAUUAUUGGUACCUUACAGUCACUUAAAAUUCUAGCUUCCUUUGUGGUAGAGUUCCAAUUGUUGAUCACAGUUUACAUAGAAGUUCAAAGAAAAUUAUGAAAGUACAUGUGUCACCAUAUAAAACUCAGAUUCAUUUUCUUGUGAGCAAGCACAGUAAAUAAAAGAAACUCAAUAGAAUCAAUGAAAGAUUGAACCCAACAGGACCAAUGUGCAAAACAAGCUGAAAAAUUAAUUAUAAUAGUAAUAUCAAAUAAGAAAUAAACAUCAAGAACAUGAGAUGAAGAGUCUUUGAAAGUGAGUCCAUAGAUUGUGGGAGCACUUCAGUGAUGCAAUAAUAACUGCUCCUGAACCUGGUGGUGAGAGUCCUGAGGCUCCUGUAUCACCUUCCUGAUUGCAGUAGCAAGAAGAGAGCAUAGCCUGGAUGGCGGGGGUCCUUGAUGAUGAAUAUUGCUUUCCUGCAAUAGACCUCCGUGUAGAUGUAUGCAAUGCCAGGGAGGGCUUUAACUGUGAUGGACUGGGUUGUAUCAACUACUUUUUGUAGGCUCUUCCAUUCAAAGGCAUUGGUAUUUCCAUAACUAUCCAUGUUGCAACCAGUCAAUAUACUCUCCACCACAUAUCUAUAGAAAUUUGUCAGAUUUCUAGAUUACAUGCAGAAUCUUCACAAACUUCUGAGAGAAGCGCUGCUACGCUUUCUUCGUAAUGACACUUACAUGCUAGACCCAGGACAGGUUUUCUGAAAUAGUAACACUGAGAAGUUUAAAGUUCUCCACCCUGAUCGCUCAAUGAAGACUGGCUCAUGGGACCUUUGGUUUCCUCCUCCUGAAGUCAAUUAUCAUCUCCUUGGUCUUCCGGAGAGAUUGUUGUGGCACCACUCAGCCAGAUUUUCACUCUCUCUACUAUAUGCUGAUUUGUCACCACCUUUGAUUCGGUCAGCAGUGGUGUUGCCAGCAAACAAACUUGGCUUUGGAGCUGUGCUUAGCUUCACAGACCUAUGUAUUAAGUGGGUAGAGUAGUGGGCUAAGCAUACAGUUUUGUGGUGCACCUGUACUGAUGAAGAUCGUGAGGAGAUGUUGCCAAUCACAACUGAAUGGAGUCUGCAAGUGCGGAAAUUGAGGGUCCGGUUGCACAAAGAGGUAUCAAGGCCUAGGUCUUGAAGCUUUUUGGUUAGUUUUGAGGGGCUGAUAUUGAAUAUCAAGCUGUAUAUCAAGGAAAAGAAUCCUGAUGUAUGCAUUAUUACUGUCCAGAUAUUCAGGAUUGAGUGAAGAGCCAAUGAAAUGGAAUCUGCUGUUGACUUGUUAUGACAGUAGGAAAAUUGGAGUGGAUCGAAGUCGCUUCUCAUCACCAGCCUCACUUCCUCAUAGUGGAUUUAAGUGCUACUUAUAUCUAAAAAUAUUAAGGUGCAGCCUUCCUCAUCUUGAUUUAUUGGGAUAUAGUAAUGCAAAGGCUAGUAUACUGUAAUUAAACAGAUG